GAUACUUCCGCGGUCACUCUGAUUCGCGGACCCAAAAUAAAAAAAACUUCGAUCGCGCGACCAUCAGCUCUUUUGCUGCAACGCCGCCGCCGAAAAAGUGAAAGUAUUUGCAUACGAAAGGCGGAACCAAAAUCCGCGGAGUGGGUCAGCAGUCAAGAAGAAACCGUGGAAGGGGCAGAGAAACAGCGGUGCAGAAAGAGAGGCGGGGGCAGACACACAAGAAAAAAAGAGGCGAAAAAAACAGCGGAGCGAAAAUCGGAAAAAAGUGCAUUAACGAGGCCGCGGAAAUCACUGCUAAAAGGUCAAUUCGCGUUAGUUAGUUAAGUUAAGUAGUACAGUACGUCCUACGCCCGUGCAAUUCAUACGUAAAUAAAAAUAUAUGUGACCGAAAUCUGUGUGUUCGAGAGUGUGCGAGCGAGAGAGCGAGACCAACAUGGGCACAACAAAGGAGCGAAGAGAGCAGAGCGAGGGCGACGCCGCCACCACCCACUCAACAGCAACAACAACAACAGCAGCAGCAACAACAAAUACGACGGUAGCAGCAGCAGGAGCUACUACAACAACAACAGCAACCACGACGAAUGCCGCCAAAAAGAUUCGCCGCGCCUUCUCCAUGCCACGCAAUCCCUUCCGUUGGUCGCGUAAAUUCAAAACGGCAGCGGCCGUUACGUCGUCCUCGGGCACUACGGAAAAGGAUAACGGAAGCGGCAGGGAUAACGAAGGGGGAGGCGGAGCAGGAAGAGAGCGACGUGGCAGCCACACGGCCAUCUCGUCCUGCGUGGGCGGUGGGCGUGGCAGGAGCGGCAGCAUUGUCUCGCUUAGCAGCUACGAGGCCCCCCUUGCCACCACCACCACCAACAACAACAACAUGGCCAACAACAACACCACCGCCAGCAAUGGAAGCAACAACAACAACAACAGUAGCAGCAACAACAACAACAACAGUAGCAGCAACAACAACAACAAGAGGACACGUGCCCUACGCCGUUCGUCCUUCAGGAAGUUUCUCAACCGGAUCGCCCAGCACCUCAGCUCAACGGUAAAUGUCGUGUCGGAGGAGCAUCACUCGCCUGCGAAUCGCAUCGCCUUCAUUGAAAUCGUGCCAUUCUACACCGGAUGCUGGCGCAGAAAAGAGGCCAACAAACAUGGUCAGUCAGCCGCACCGGGAUCUUCAGCAGGUGGCGGAGGAGGAGGAGGACCAGGCAGCGGGGAGCGAGUGCCUCCCAUUGGAGGCUAUCAAUGGCCGCCGGACCAGACUCCUGGCGUAAUGGGGCUGAAGAACCAUGGCAACACGUGCUUCAUGAACGCCGUGCUGCAGUGCCUCAGCCACACGGACAUCCUGGCUGAGUACUUUGUGCUGGAUCAGUAUAAGGCUGACCUCAAGCGGCGCAACAAGAUCAACUCGCGCAAGUUCGGCACCAAGGGUGAGCUCACCGAGCAGCUGGCCAACGUGCUGAAGGCGCUGUGGACCUGCCGGAACGAGAGCGACCACAGCACCAGCUUCAAGGCAGUGGUGGAUCGUUAUGGAACGCAGUUCCGCAGCUCCACGCAGCACGACGCCCAGGAGUUCCUCUUCUGGCUGCUGGACAAGGUGCACGAGGACCUGAACACGGCCAGCAAGCGACGCUACAAGAGCCUCAAGAACUCGUACGGCCGCUCAGACGAGGUGAUCGCCGCCGAGACGCUGGCCAACCACAUCCGGUGCAACAACAGCUUCGUCCAGGCCGUGUUCCAGGCCCAGUUCCGCUCCUCGCUCACCUGCCCGCGCUGCGAGAAGCAGUCCAACACCUUCGACCCCUUUCACUGCAUCUCCGUGCAGCUGCCGCAGCUCACCCAGCAGACGAUCUUCGUCACGGUGGUCUACAUGAAGCAGGUGCCGCGCCAGGUGCGCAUGGGCCUCCGCGUUCCAGCCGGAUCGCCCAUUGUGGCCCUACGCGAGCAGCUGCAAACGGAUACGGGCAUCGAGGGAUCGCGCAUGGUGCUUGUGGACUUGAACGCCGAGGGAUUCUCGCGCGUCUUCUACGACACUCAGCCCGUAGAGACGCUGGCUAGCAUUGAGACCAUCUACUGCAUCGAGGUGCCGGAGGCGACUCCUGUUCCCAAGGCUGCUGCCCCGCCAGAGACGGCGGACAAGCCUGCUUCCACAACAGUGGCUCCUGCUCCUGCUGCAGCUCAAGCGCAGUCGGAUCUGCUGCUCCUAGUGGCCAACGUGUACCGGGCGAAGGAUGGCAAGGACAUCUCCCGCUUCGGAGCCCCCUUCAGCAUGAAGGCACCGCGCGACUGCUCCUUCCAGGAUCUGCAGAAGCGCAUGCUGCGCGAGAUGGCGCCGCUGCUCAAGCCAGAGGUCUUCUCAUAUGCCACACCCCUAAACGAGAUGUUCCGGAUACGGCUUCAAGACCCCUCCGCUGAUCCGGAUACCUACUUGGAGCAAGUGGAGCACCCGCUGCUCACCGAGAUGAUCGACAUGGCGCUAUCCGUGCUCUCCUCCGAAGCAGGACCGCAGCACAUUAAGCUCCUGCUGGAGUGGAGUUCGCCCGAGGCGCACUUCAUAAGUAAGCAGCAGGACACGGAGGACGCCGUUGUGGAGCACGAGAGCGUUGCGCGGCUGAGUGCCAGCAAGCCGACCGACACGGCCUCCCUGACCCUGGAACAGUGCCUGGAGCACUACACCAAGGCGGAGACGCUAAGUGCCGAGGACGCCUGGCGCUGUCCACACUGCCAGCAAUACCUUCCUGUUGUGAAGACGCUGGGACUGUGGUCGCUGCCGGACAUCCUGGUGGUGCACUUCAAGCGCUUCCGACAGCACCAGUCUAAGGGGCCACAGGCGGCCAAGCUGACCACAAUGGUCAAGUUUCCGCUGACAGCCUUCGACAUGUCGCCUCAUUUGGCACGCGGUGUACACGAGAGCGCCAGCAGCUCGCUGGGAAUGGGAACAGGACUGGGACUUGGACUCGGUCUGGGCUCGAAUCCCUGGAAGAAGGCUCGCUCCAACGAUUCGCGCUCCUCCACGCUCAACUCGCGCUGCGAUCCAAAGGACACGCGAUACGACCUGUACGCCGUGUGCUAUCACCAGGGAGAUACUCUGGAGACUGGUCACUAUACGGCCGCCUGCAAGAAUCCGUACGACCGUCAGUGGUACAAGUUUGACGAUCAGCGUGUGAGCAAGGUGCCCGAGGACGACAUCGAGCAGGACAUCAUCAAUAACGAGGCCUACAUGCUAUUCUACCAGCGACGCAGUGUGGAUGCCGGCGAGUGUUCCGGAUCCAGUUCGAACUCCGGGGAUCACUGGGUAUCGCGCAUUGCGCCAGCCUCUUCAUCCUCCGCCUCCUCGACUUCUGGAAAGGAGACGGUCAAGCUGGAGGCCCCCAGUGAGAUCCCCGAAACUCCAGCAGCAGCGGUGGCUGAGAAGGCUCAAUCCAAGCCGGUUGACAUACCCAAGAUUUGCCAGGAGAGGGCGGAAGUUACCGAAGAACCCACAGAUAAUGUUCAGGAAAAGGCUGGAGUUGUAGCCGAGCUGAACAUUGAAGAACUUGCCUACGCCGAUGCCGAUGUGGACACCAGCUUAAGUGAAACCAGCAAGACGGAGGCCACUGCAGCCGCUAACGUUGAACCCGAGAAGCUGGCUAUAGAGGAAGCCACGCCCAUAUUUGCCAUGGAUGAGGAUUGCAUCGACCUUGGCCAGGAGAAGAAUGAGGAGCCCGCUAAGAAGGAAGAGGAACUCUCUGAGGCCCCACUUGCAAACGAAACCGCGACCGAACCCAAGACCAACGGCCAUGUGAGCGACGCUUCGUCCAGCUCUUCCUCCUCUGAAAGUUCGCUCUCGUCACGCUCCUCACCGAGAUCACUGAGCACUUCAGUGACCGCGGCUUCCACUCUGCAGAGCAAGUUCAACGGCCACUUGAGUGCCACUCCGGCUUUGUUCAAUGGGAACGGGAACACACCCCAGCUCUCGUCCAGCUUGCAGCUAUCCCGGCAGGUGCUGCAAAACCAUCACAAUUGGCAUGGAUCCAGGAGCAGCGUGUCGGCGGUGGAGAAUGCGUCGCACCAUCAACAGCAGCAGGCGGCGGCUGCAGCCAGUCUAAGCCUGCGCCACUCGUUCUCCACCAGCUCAAAUUACACGGAGACCCUUUCUUCGCUGCUGCGCAAGUCUGCAAACACUUGCAGCAAGGACACCCUACUGUUCAUCGAUCAGCAGGGUCACCAUCAUACAUCGGGACUGAUCGAAGAUGACGACGAUUCAUACAUGGGCCGGUCCCUAUGGAUAUCCCCUGUGACGCCACACAAACUCAUCACUGUCUCGCCCAAGAAUUAGUAGCGAUAUUGUGAUCCACACGGAGCAUAGACACAAACAGAAAUGGAGAAUGGAAACCGAAAAUGAAAACGAUACCGAAACAAGAGCAUACACAAACGCACUAUAGCCAUAAGCCUAAAGUUUACUUUAUAUGCUAUUUCUAAACCGGAGCUACCGAGCGAUAAGCAAAAAGCAUUAUGAAGAUGUUAUACAACUCUGUUUACUUUAAGAUACGUACUCAUAUAUACGAUAGUUGCAAUAUUGCAUUAAGUUUGAAAGUUGGACGAAACUUGAAUAGAAUCCGUAAGCCUUAGUUUAUUUAUUCGAUAGCGAUUCGAAGACAAUGACGAGGAUUAGUUUUCUGUAUAUUUUACCGAAUUGACAUUUGAUUUGAUUGUUUUUUUUUAACCUAACUAUUACCGAUAUUUAUUUAGCCAAACAAUGAAGUACAAUUUGAUUUGAUUUAGUUCCCCAUUUCACCCGUUUACCCUCUUGUAUAGUUCUCUAUCGAUCCUGAUGUAACGAUGAAGUGCUUGGCAUACCUAAGUUUAGCUUUUUGUACACGAAACCAAGUUUCAGACUACAAUCUAUGCGCAUAGUUUUAGCUCUAAGAACAUGUAUUCUCUUUAAUUACGAUUACUUUGAAUUCUAUAUUAAUCUAUUGCCUGUAACUUUUCCACACCCACAUACAAUUCUGGCACAACUGCAUAUGAUUCUUUCGAUUCGAUGUCGGGCUACGUUUUGUACGGCGAUUAUAAAGCGGAUCUAUAUACAAACAUAUAUAUAUAUAUAUAUUACUUUA